UGUGACAUUUACUGUAAAUAUACAUCUGCCAAAAUUGAAUUUGAACUUAUUUUUAACCAAUUCUACUUAUUUGUAUUGUAAAAGCCAGUAUAGAUAUACUUCCUAUUAAUACUAUGCAUUUGGACAUAUAGUCUGCAGCUCAUGUUAUAAGAAGAUAGUAUCAAAAUGUCCAAUAAUCCUGUUGUUUUGAACUUCCAUGAGAGUCUUCUGAGGGUGUCCGAUGUAGAACUCUUGACUGGUCCCAGCUGGCUCAAUGAUACAGUGAUAUCCUUCUACUUUGAGUAUUUGGAAGUCAGAAAGUUCAAGAACAAUCCCACACUGCUGUUUGUGCCUCCACAGGUGACGCAAUGCGUAAAAAUAACACCUGUUCAAGAAAUCUCAGUCUUCCUGAACCCAUUGGACUCUGGCACCAAGGAUUUCAUUUUCUUCGCUCUCAAUGAUAAUGAACAAACAGAAGUAUCUGGGGGAACACAUUGGAGUCUCCUGGUGUUUUCCUAUCCUGAGAAAAAAAUUUACCACUUUGAUUCUUCCCAUGGUUCCAACCAGUACCAAGCAAUGGAGUUAGGCUCUAAGAUUUUGCUCUACUUUGGCAUCAAUCACUGUGAUAGGAUUUAUGAGCCCAAAUGUUUGCAACAGAACAAUGGAUAUGAUUGUGGCAUUCAUGUAUUAGCACAAUGCGAACACUUGGCAAAUUUUGCUCUGAAACAUAGGAAAAUUGAAACUUGUCCAGCCCUGGAAAGAGAAACUGUGCAGAUGAAGAGAAGGGACAUCCUUAAUUUAAUUAAUUCCUUAAGAAAACCCCGGACCUACGAUGGAUGAAUUAAAUAAAUAAUGUAAUUGGAAUCUU